CUGUCCUGUCCUACUGAUGGCUCACCUCGUCCCAAAAUAACUUGGAAAAAAGAUGGAGUGGAGUUGGUUCCUGGUGAAAGAUAUGUGGUUGACGAUAAAGGCUCAUUAACAAUUACAUCAGCAGUCACGGACGACUCGGGGACGUUUACCUGUACGGCUAAGAAUAUAGCCGGUGCUGAAGAAGUAUCUUCAUCCAUAGAUAUACUAGGUAGGAUAAGUUUGUGGCUUGAAGUGGUUUACGAGGCGAGAUUGAACGUCCGUUGGCCAUACAAUUUUUACAAAUUAUCUACCAAGAUUCUUAUUAUAGCCUUGUUUCGAUGCACUUUAUCUCUUUCUUUUAGAAGAGUAAAGAGUAAACACAGGCCACAUUUAAGAAAUUAAUCUGUAAGACGUCUCGUGAUAGGUAAAAACGUGCAAGAGACCUUAAAAGGCACAUAUUGGUUUCAAAAUCGUUAAACCUGGAGUGGUCAUUUGGUAUCCAUUGCUCCUCAAGCAAUGGAGAAGGAGGGAAUACAGACCAAGAAUCCUUUCCAAUCUUUUCGAAUCCAUUCAAAUUCCUAGAACGUGAAAGGGAGUUACAGGUGUUUUUCCAGUAGUUUUAACCUUAAGUGUAAUUGGUAACAGAAACUGAUCGGUAAGUAGAAAUAAAAUAAUAGGGAUAAGAAUCCAUUCAUUAUAAACGAUGAUUUUAGGGGGAUUAUACGGGUUAACCCCCUCCCCCCCCCCCCACUUUCCCCUUCCCACUUCUACCCUUUGUCAUCAGACAUCUGUGGGUCUCAUUAAAUAACGAAAAUUGUUCCAGCGUUGGUAUAAGAAAGGGAGUUUACAUAUCAGGGAAAUGUCUUUAAUGCUAUCGCUCUGAAUUUUUAGAACCACUGAAACCCGUAAUCGAGCCAUCCAAAGACUCCGUCGUGUCGGAUGACCAUCGAAACGUAACUACGGGUGUAGGCUCCAAAGUGAACGCAUUCAAGGGUGCUACCAUCUCAUUAACAUGCGCAGUUAAGGGCAUCCCGAAACCUGAUGUGAACUGGACUAAAGACGGUCAGAGCCUUUUACUUGGAGAGCGAUUGGUUGUGAUUUCUAAUGGAACGCUUGUUAUCCGGGAUUCUUCUGUUAAUGACAGUGGUAACUACACCUGCACAGCGAAAAGCAGGUCUGGU